AUGGAACUUUUUCACUUCUUAUCUGUCGGUCCCCACGUAAUAAGCGAAGCUCUAGCUAUUUUGAGUAAAAAUAAAGGUCUUAUUGAAGAGUUGAUUCGUGAAAUGAAGUUUAUUCCUUUUCCACCACGGCAAAGACCAAAAAGAAGCGACACUCAUCAUUAUCGACUAACGUACCGGAAGAGUAUCCUCCUAAAGAUGGCUACGAAAAUCUACGAAAAUAAUCGGCAGUUGAAUGUGAUUGUCCGAGCAAUCUUAAUCUGUAAAUAUUUGGUGGUCCUGCAGAAAGAGAUUGGGUAUUGCCAAAUCUGUAGCGACGUGAAUGAUCUAGACAUGCAAGAAGCCCUCCUGAUUCUUUUUCCACCUACAUCAUCGUGUGGUUAUGUUCACCUGAUAAAUAGAGUGAACGAAAGACUUGAAGAAUUAAUCGAACUUGGCUUUGAUUUAAUGUAUAAUGUGAUAGGAAUGUCGGCGGCAUUUUUCUGGAAUCAAUUGUUAAAAUCAAAGAAGUUUGAACUAUGGAAUGAUGAGGAUUUUAACGAAGAAGCAAAAAAAUUCAGUAGUAAGAUCGAAUACCAAGAGGAAGCAUUCAGGAAAGCAAUGACAGAAUAUAUGGAACAGACCAACGAAUAUUGGAUUUUAAAAACCUUUGGAGCGAAUGCAGAUACAACGAAAGCUUAUCUAAAUUCUGAAUUACCACCGAACGGAUGGACAAAAUGCUCAUAUGAGGCUACGGUUAAUAUUUGGAAGAUCUUCUGCAAUAUCGGUGUGCCUUUCAAAUAUAACCACAUGCAAUAUCUAUCCCACGCAACUCAUGAAGAGGUUCUUGAUCCUUUGUUCAAAGGUUUUUUGCCGAAAUUAUUUAAGAUAGAAUCAACUACGACUUAUUAUCUCAACAUAGAAGAUUCGAAUAACCAAGGGGCUAAUGGUCAAAAUGCUGAGGGUCAACAUGAAACAAGCGUAAACAUUACGUUGCCUAUCGAUUGCAACUAUACCACUUCAAAGUCAGAUUACAAAAUCUUCGAAUAA